CCUCGAUACCGCCAAGUAAACAAAAAAGUCUCCACUGCACGAGCAGAUUCGGAACGACUCGCCGUCAAAGCGUUCCGCUGUCCUCGGGUCGCUGCGCUGCCGUCGCCUGGUCCUCCUCCUCCUCCUCAGCUCAGUCGGCUGGUCUCGUAUCCCUCCCAGCCCCAGUCCCCAGGAACCAGCGGCCUCGGCACUCGGCAGGAUGGCUACCCCGCAGUGCUGCGCGGACCCGCCGACGCUCAACCCCGCCGGCGGCGAGGGCAAGGUCGUGGACAGCUUCGGCGGGAUCACGGCGUACGUCUCCGGCGCCCGAGAGUCCAAGGCCGCCGUCGUCCUCAUCUCCGACGUCUUCGGGUUUGAAGCGCCGAAUCUGAGGAAGAUAGCCGAUAAAGUCGCUUCGUCUGGAUAUUUAGUUGUGGUGCCAGAUUUCUUACAUGGGGAUCCAUAUGUACCUGAAAACGCCGACAGACCAAUACAAGUGUGGUUAAAGGAGCAUGCCCCGGGAAAAGCAUUUGAAGAGGCAAAACCUGUUAUUGCUGCUCUCAAAGAACAAGGAGUAUCUACUGUUGGGGCUGCAGGUUAUUGCUGGGGUGCAAAGGUGGUUGCUGAGCUAGCGAAAGCUAAUGAGAUCCAUGCAGCUGUUAUGUCACACCCUUCUUUUGUUACUGUUGAAGAUAUCAAAGAGGUGAAAUGCCCCAUAGCUGUACUUGGAGCUGAAAUUGACAAAACAUCCCCACCAGAAUUGGUCAAGCAGUUCGAGCAGGUUCUGUCCUCUAACUCAGGGAUUGCUCACUUUGUCAAGAUAUUCCCUGGGGUUUCUCAUGGAUGGACUGUGAGAUACAAAAGUGAAGACGCAGGUGCUGUGAAGAGUGCUGAGGAAGCCCUGUCACAUAUGAUCGACUGGUUUAGCAAGAACCUACAGUGAAUCUGAAUUAGCGGUCCUUUGUCCUUAAUACGCCAGUGUCACUCUUCACCAGUCAUCAUGUAAUCAUCCAGGGUUUAUGUUAUAGGGCCUGCAUCUUUGGUUGUACAGAUCUGUCCUGUGCUAGCAUGCAUUGUGUGAUUACUCAUAUCGGUCUCUGCUUGUGCUGAACACAUUACGAUAAUACUAUUGCACUGAAAUAAAAAUGCGAUAUUUGUUGUUUCGA